AAUUAUACUUUGUUCGACGAAUCAACUCCAAGUGUUGUGGGGCGUCAAAGGAGGCGUAAACAUUUCUGUCGCUGGUUGGUUGCGCUGAUAUCACAGGUCUUGUUUGAUAACAUUGUGGAGAAGACGAAAAAAAAAAAAAAGACGAGGGGCGGCGGAUUUUAAUUCAUCUUUAGCAGCGACGUUAUCCCAGAAGUCAUACAAGAAUCCUGUCGUGCAUUUCACCUAAACGAACCAAGUGUCAGAAAAGUCCCGCCCUCCAGUGUUUGGUACUCCUCCAGUGUUCCUGCUGUCAAGGUGAUGUCAGCUGCUUGUCUUGCGCGCCUGGCAAGGUGCAGUGGUCCUUAUGUGGGUCGCCAUGGUAUCUUUCAAACAGCCGUAGUCCCUCAUUCGGUGCAAAAGGACAUUAACCCGCAGUUCACGAUUGUUCAGAGACCAAUAUACAGCCCAUCAGAACAGCGACAAAGUGGCACCCGCUUUGACCCAGACAGCAGCGGUCAUCCUACAACCUGGGACUCAUUUGGUAUCUGGGACAAUCGUAUUGACGAACCAAUCCUGCUGCCUUCCAGCAUUCGAUACGGCAAAUUAAUUCCCAAAGUGAGCUUGUCCAGAGUGGGUCACGCCUCUCUCAUUGGUCAACGUAAGGAAAAUGAAGACCGCUUCCAGGUCUCAGAAAUGACUGAUAAUAUUCUUUACUUUGCUGUUUUUGAUGGGCACGGUGGACCUGAAGCAGCUGAUUAUUGUGAAAAAUACAUGGAGGCGUUCAUCAAGGAUCUUGUGGCUAAAGAAUCGAACCUGGAGCUGGUUUUAUCAAAGGCCUUUCUGGAGGUGGACAAAGCUCUUUCAAAGAACUUGAACAUCUCUUCAGAUGUGCCAGGCAUUACUGCGGGAACCACGGCCACUGUUGCCUUGCUGAGGGACGGCAUUGAGUUAGUGGUGGCUAGCGUUGGUGACAGUCGCGCCAUGCUGUGCCGUAAGGGCAAGGCCCUCAAACUCACUGUUGAUCACACUCCUGAGAGGAAGGAUGAGAAAGAGAGGAUUAAAAGGAGUGGAGGUUUCAUCACCUGGAACAGUCUGGGACAGCCCAACGUCAACGGUAGGCUGGCGAUGACACGCAGUAUCGGAGACUUUGACUUGAGGAACAUGGGGGUCAUCGCUGAGCCUGAGACCAAAAGAAUAUCAUUGCAUCAUGUCCACGACGCCUUCCUGGUUCUGACCACAGAUGGCAUUAACUUCAUUAUGAACAGCCAGGAAAUUUGUAAUGUAAUCAAUCAGUGCAACGACCCCAGAGAGGCAGCCCAGAGAAUAUCAGAGCAGGCUGCACAGUACGGCACAGAAGACAACAGCACUAUUAUCAUUGUGCCUUUCGGUGCUUGGGGAAAAUUCAAGAACUCGGACUCCAGCUUCUCCUUCAGUCGCAGUUUUGUGUCCAGUGGACGCUUUGCGUAGUCGAUAGUGAAACGUGUUGGUCCAUGGACCCAGUCAACGUGUGCAAUACAAUCAGUGUCCUGAUUAGUUCUUUACCCAAAUAAUAAUUUUGAGGGUCAUAUAAUGUCCUCUGUAGAACCAUGAUCAUAUUCAGCCUCGUGGGAGGAAAGGGUGGAGCAUUCAUUUGCACUGAUUUAAAAAAAAACUUUAUGCAAGGCGUAAUUCUAGCAAGCCAUUGACAUGUCCUGGAAGGUGAGGGGAAUUUGAGGUAUUAUUAGUGGCUGGUUAGCCUCGUCCAUUAACAAAUAUGUUCUACGUAAGGUGAGAUUUAACACAUGAUACACUGUUCAUGCCGUUUGUCCAAAUUUAAGUCAAGAUUCAUAUCACUAAAUUUGUACCUUUUUGUUGUCUGAUUUGACUCGAGCUUAACUUGGGGUACAUGGAAUUUUUUAACUUGGCACAGCAUCAGAUUUUCUUUUACUCAAUGAACUUCUCAGAAACUAUCUAACUAUAGAGCUUCCUUUGUCAAAGUUGUGGUUUAAAGUAUCGUAAUACUGAAGUAGCUUAAUCUAAAACACUUGUAACAAUAACAGAACCUCAGCUGUACUUCUCCCUGUCAACUCCGCACAAAACCAUUUUUUAAUUAUUUUUUUUACUUGAAAUACUACGAGCAUACAGCGCAGUGAUUUGCACAGUUGUGUGUUUUGUAAAAGGAAGUUCCCUGAAUGUUACAUGAUCUGCUGAACUGUGUAAAUGGAACUUGUUCAUGCUGUUCGUAUGAACAGCAGUCGAGUGGCUGAACUUGACAGGAAAAGCCGUGUGUAAGUGUUCAAGACAGUGAUUAAAAACUGGCCUUGUCUGUGCACAUCCAAGCGUGAUGAGUACAGAAGGGUAGAUUAUUGUGUAAAUAAUUCUAUUUAUGGAAUUUUGGGAAUUGUGUUACAUUUAUUCAAUAUCUUGGCUUCAUUAUCUCUUGUCUUUUUUUUAAGUCUAAGUGGACCUUUGCCUGAGUGCUCCUGCAUAACCUG